AUGGCAAUGAAUUAUAAUUACUCAUCGGAAUACUAUACGCAAUAUGACUACUAUGACUUUGAAAAUACACGAGAAGAUUCUUCCGACGACGACGCAAGUAAUUACAUCAACAACUCAUACUUUUCUAUACAACCAACUUCUAACGAUUCAAAAAACGACGACCAAGUCGCAGCAGCUGAGGUCUUCACUAAAAAGGUCCGAGAGUUUACAACUUGGUUGAAGAAGUUUGAACGGCGUUCCGAGUCACACAAGUUAUAUCUUUGUGGUAAAAAUGCAAUAAAUCGUGCCAAGGAAUGGCUUGAUGACUUCGGGAAAAGUUCCGUGACGCUUACACUCUCUUCGAUAGAUGUGAUAAAACAAGAACAAUUUUAUCCCAUGUCUGAUUUUAUUAUUAUCGAGGUCCCUUCAAUUAAUGUUUUAAUCGACAAAAUCCCCGACUUCUAUAAUAUCAAACAAAUGAACAUCAUUGUGUGUUGCUCAGACAUCAAAAAUUGCCCAAAGAACAAAGGCUCGUCAUUCAACCUUGUAUUUAAACGAAUUACUUUAAAGUAG